ACGCGGUGGACGAGCCAUGUCGAGGGUCACCAAGUACCAGACCGUGAAGCUCGAGACAACGCGUCCAAAGGACGCCAAGUCCCCGCUCGAGACGGAGAAUUUCUUGUCGCGAUGGCUGUACUUGUGGGCGGACCCGCUGAUGAAGUUGGGGAACGAGCGCCAGUUGGAAGCGUCCGAUUUGUGGCCGCUGCCGUCGCACAGCAAAUGCGAGGUUAUCACUGAGUCGUUUGAACCCAAAUUCAACGAGUCGAAAUCGAUUUUCUGGGCGUCGAUGGCUGUGUUUGGCACGCAGGCGCUUGUGGUUGGUGUGCUGCAAUUCAUUGCGAUGGUGCUGUCGUUGUACGGACCGAUCGUGUUGAACAAGGUCGUGUCGUCGAUCGAAAUGUCGUCGCCCGAUUUUCAAACGCUGGCGGUGCCGGUCGUGACGUUGUUUGCCGUAAAGAUCGUACAAGCGAUUUUGCAAACUCAAACGGACUUGAAAAACGAACUACUAUUUGUCAAAGUCAUGGCCGUCUUGCAAAACUUGCUCUACAAAAAGGCACUGCGUUUGAACGCCAAGUCACGAAAGGCUAAGAGCACGGGGGAGGUCUCCAACCUGUUCACAUCCGACAUGUGGCCCGUGGUCGCGGUCUCGUUCUUCAUUAACCAAGUCUGGAUCAUUCCGCUCCAGGUGACAGCGUUGAUGUACCUGCUGUGGCAGCAACUGGACUGGGCCAUGUUUUCCGGGAUCGGAGUCAUGGUAGUCGCGUUCUUCUUGACGCGCUGGUUUGCUACGAUGCAGCGCACCAAUUGGCGCGUUCUCAUGGGCAAGAAGGACACUCGCAUGAAGACAAUCAAUGAAGUGUUUGGGUCCAUGCAAAUCAUCAAGUUGAACGCGUGGGAAGAACGAUACUACACCAAGAUUUGCGACCUGCGCGCCGAUGAACUCCGCUCGCUGUGGACGCAGUUCUGCAUCGGCGCCGGCACGACCGCUAUGAACAACAUCGCACCAGUUGCGCUCACAACCAUCUCGUUUGCGUGCUACGUGCUCUUGCUCAAGCAAACCCUGACUGCGUCCAAGGUCUUUACCGCGCUGUCACUGUUCAACAUGGUCAAGCAGCCCAUGAUGCGUCUGCCGCAGAUUGUUGCCGCAUUCAUGCAAGCGCACGUGUCGUACAAGCGUUUCUCUGAGUUUUUGGCGCUGGACGAGCGUGACCCGACUGUCGUCACGUCGGAAGUGUCAGCCAACAGCAUCGACAUUGAAGUCGUCGACGGGUCCUUCGGUUGGGACGCCGAGAAGCCGUUCUUUACAAACUUGAACCUGACUGUAAAGCGCGGCGAGUUUGUCGUGGUCCAUGGAAGCGUCGGCGAAGGCAAGACGUCUCUGUGCAAUGUGCUGUUGGGCGAGCUUGAUAAGUACAACGGGAAGGUUGGCGUGAACGGUCGCAUUGCGUACUUUGCGCAGCAGCCGUGGAUCCAAAACAUGACGAUCCGUGAAAACAUUCUGUUUGGGUUGCCGUACGACCGGGUCAAGUACAACCGCGUGCUGGAAGCGUGUGCGUUGGGCACAGAUUUGACACUGUUUGCAGCCGGUGACCGCACGGAAAUCGGGUCCAAAGGCGUGAAUGUUUCGGGUGGUCAGAAGGCCCGCAUCAGUUUGGCCCGUGCGUGCUACAGCGACGCCGACAUUUUCAUCUUGGACUCGCCACUGUCUGCCGUCGACGCGAUCGUGCAAAACGAAAUAUUCACCAAGUGUUUCCUCGGUCUGCUUCGCAACAAGACCAUCGUGCUCGUCACGCACUCGCCGGAAAUCAUUGCGUCGCCGUACGUGGAUCGCACGAUUGAAGUCUCGAACGGUGGGAACCUCCUCGAAACCAUCAACACGGACAAGCAAGACUUUGACAUUCUCAUUCCACCGUACCCUGCUCGCGCCAACAUUUCCACGGAAGACAUGGCGGACGAGUUGGACGCCAUCGACGCCGAGGGCCGUCCGGGAUCGUCGCUCCAAUACCUUGAUGUUCUCGUGUCGCCGUCGCUUAAGUCGCCGUUUGGCGCGACGGUUGAAGACCAUUUGUUCACGCCGUUUGACGCAUCGGCCCCGCAAACGUACAACGAAGAAGAGACUCGUGGCAAGCUUGUGGUGACCGAAGAGCGCGAGUCGGGUCGUGUGUCGCAGGAAGUAUUUCUCGCGUACUUCAACGCCGUCGGUGGGUGGACGACCGUGAUUUUGCUCCUCCUUGUGCAAAGUUUGUGGCAAGGAUUGCAAGUGUCGAGCGACUUGUGGCUCAGUUCGUGGACCGCGACAGGUGCGACGCUCACGACCGAUGAAUUUCAAGCGACUGCGGAGUACAACAUUUCCGUGUACGCCGCGCUCGCGAUCGGGUCAUCGGUCAUGGUGGUCGUGCGUGUGUUGACCGUUUCGUUUGCCGGCAUUCGCGCGUCCAAGAAAAUGUUUGACGACAUGACCAAGGCGCUGCUUGGUGCGCCCAUGCGCUUCUUCGACACGAACCCGCUCGGUCGAAUUCUGAACCGCUUUUCUGGUGACAUCAACGCCGUCGACGGCCGGUUGCCCAACCAGUUCGGUUUCUUCUUGUCGACCGUUUUUGUCUUGCUGUUUUCGCUUGGCACGACGAUCGUUGUGAUCAAGACGCUGGGCCUUGUCCUGUUACCCCUCAUGUUUAUCUACUACAAAAUCGCAUCCGUGUACGUCCAACCCGCCCGUGAAAUGGAACGCUUGAACAAGACAACUCGAUCGCCCCUGAUCACGCAUAUCUCGGAAAGUAUCGACGGCGCGAUCGUGGUCCGCGCGUUUGGUGGCAAGCAAGUCCGUCGCUUCGAGCGCCUCCAGCAAAACAAAGUCAACCGGAACAUGGAGACGAUGUUCUGCGGCGAGCUCGCAUCGCAGUGGUUUUCGUUCCGCAUUCAAAUGAUCUCGGCGUUCAUGCUGUUAGUGACCACCAUGUCGCUCAUCUACAUGCGAUCGUACUUGAACGCUGGUUUGGUCGGGUUAGUCUUUGGGUACUCUCUGCAAAUUACGGGUCAACUCGAAUGGAUGGUCCAAAUGUGGUCCCAGUUAGAAACCGCGAUGGUUGCCCCCGAACGUGUUGCCGAGUACACGAACGUGGUUCAGGAAGCACCCCGCGUGAUCUCUGGCGCGGUUCCUGCGUCGUGGCCGGAAGACGGCUCGAUCGCGUUCAACAACGUGAGCUUCCGCUACAAGCCCAACGACCCGCUUGUGCUAAAGGACGUCAACUUUUCGAUCAAGUCGGGCGAAAAGGUCGGCAUUGUCGGGCGCACGGGUGCCGGCAAGUCGAGCCUGACCAUGGCGCUGUUCCGCAUCAACGAGAUCGCGUCCGGUAGCGUCGUCAUUGGCGGCGUCAACACUUCGACGGUCGGUGUCAAGACUCUACGCGAAAGCAUGGCGAUUAUUCCGCAAAAUCCGAUCCUGUUCAAAGGCACGCUGCGGUCGUAUUUGGACCCGUUCGACCAGUACACUGACGCUCAGUUGUGGGACGCGCUCGAGAAGGUCAAGUUGACCCCACGCAUUGCCCAAGAAGAGAAGAAGCUCGAGUCGACCAUCGAAGAAAACGGCGAAAACUACAGUGUCGGCGAACGCCAAAUGCUGUGCAUGGCCCGCGCUCUCCUUCGCAACUGCCACAUUGUCGUCAUGGACGAAGCGACCGCUGCCAUCGACCACGAAACAGAUCAAAACCUCCAGCGCGUGAUCCGUGAAGAGUUUGCGUCGUCGACGGUGCUCACGAUCGCCCAUCGCUUGGACACGGUGCUUGAUGCCGACCGCAUCAUGGUGUUUGACCAAGGCCGCGUUGCCCAAUGCGACACCCCCGAGGCGCUGAUUGCUGCUGGCACGGGCAUCUUCUUUGAGCUGUGCAACGAAGGCGGGUAUUUGGACAAGGUUCACGCGUCCACCGCUUCGUCGACCAGUCCUCGAGAAGAUGAAAGCAUUGCCGAGGAAUAGAAGGACUGCACGUAUGGAAUAGAACCCCACUCGACUCAUUUCAGGUGUACAUCCUUUCGAA